AUGAUAAAGACUGUAAUGGUGAGGUGUUACCUGCUCUGUUUACUAACUCUUGCACUCUGUUGUGCCUGUGGGUUAGUAUGGGCUGAUAGUCCUAAAGCUUCUGAUGCCCUUAUUAAAACUUCCACUAUUGGUGUUCCUUCUCUUGUUCGUCGUGCCAUUCCUGCCCAGGAGGAUGAAAAUUGGUUGCUGCAUGAAGAUGAGGACGAAGAUGGAGACAAGCAAAUGUUACCAGGGUACAUGGGUCUGAACGUUCUUCUGGUUCCUCUCAAGUGGAGCCAGUCAAGCAGCAGAUUCCUCCUCCGCCAGGUUCUUUUAAUUCUCGUCCCGAUUUGGGACCAAAUAGACCAGGUGUUUUAA